AUGCACUACGGUGGCGGCGGUCCCGGCCAAGCAAUCAUCAACACGACUAGUGGAGCACUCAUCUGCUACGACGUCAACAACGAAAAAAUCUACGUCAACACCGACGCCGAUACGACCAACUUCCAAGGCAACACCAACACCAUUUCCGCAGCGGAUUGCCAUACGCUUGGCGAUGUCACGUUCAGGACGUCGUUCAACAGCGCGAGCAACUACUUUCAGAUCUGCACGAUUACCUAUAACGGGGUGGAUACUGAGGGUGUGGUUACCACGGAUAUUGAUUCGGGGACGGUGAGUGUGUCGAGUACUUAUUGCACUAUCUACAUUCCUUGCUAG